AAAAAAAACACUGUCCAAAAGUGAUGUAUAUGGAAUCUGGGUCAGCUGUAGCUGGUUAGUGCACUUCUGCAUAUGAGAGUAAAACACUGCAGUUUCAAAAAAGCAUUUCCUUCUCUUUUCUGGAAUAACACAUACUGGAACUUUAUGUUUUUAAUUUUUUUUUUUUUUUUUUUAAAUGAUUAGUUAGCUUGGUUAUCAUAUGGAGAAACCCAGUUCUUCAAUACAGCUUGGAUCUAACAGAGAAAGACAAAAGCAGUUUUCAGCUCCAACUGCAGAUUAACAAUCCACAGCACCGGGUAAUAUAGGAAGAAAAAGCAACUUGGCCUCUGGAUUUUCCAUCUACCACAGAAGCAAAACAGCUGGAAGAUUUUUUUUCUUGUCUCUUAUGACAGUCAUCAUAACUUGCUCCAAAAUGAAGAUAUUUAAAUGGACUUUGGGUGUACUAUUGUUCCUCCUGUUGUCUAUCGGGCGCUGCACAGAACAAUCUACGCCUGAUAAAACAUCCCAACGGAGGCACCCUCGUUCAGCAGACGGUGGAGAGGAAGGGAAGAAAUGUGGUUACACAUUCUUGGUCCCAGAACAAAAAAUCACAGGGCCAAUUUGUGUGAAUACUAAUGGGCCGGGCACUGGUAACAGAAAAGACGAAGUCACAAGAAUGGACAUAGAGAACUUGAAGGAUGUUCUGUCCAAGCAAAAGCGGGAAAUUGACAUUUUGCAAUUGGUAGUGGAUGUGGAUGGAAACAUUGUGAAUGAAGUAAAAUUACUGAGGAAAGAAAGUCGUAACAUGAACUCUCGGGUCACCCAACUCUAUAUGCAACUCUUGCAUGAGAUAAUUCGAAAGCGUGACAACUCCCUUGAGCUUUCCCAACUGGAAAACAAAGUCCUUAAUGUUACAACAGAAAUGCUGAAGAUGGCAACAAAAUACAAGGAGCUUGAAGUAAAAUAUGCAGCACUAACUGAUCUUGUAAAUAAUCAGUCUGUGACUAUCUCACUGCUGGAAGAGCAGUGCUUGAGAAUCUUCUCACGACAGGACACCCAUGGGUCUCCACCUCUUGUUCAAGUCGUGCCACAGCACAUUCCUAACAGCCAGCCAUACACCCCCGUUCUUCUGGGAGGUAACGAGAUCCAGCGAGAUCCAGGUUACCCUAGAGACAGAGAUGUAAGGCCACCACCUGAUCCAGCUACUUCUCCUACAAAGAGUCCUUUCAGAGUACCACCACUGGCUUUAAUUAACGAGGGUCCAUUCAAAGACUGCCAACAAGCCAAGGAAGCUGGGCAUUCCAACAGCGGCAUUUAUAUGAUCAAACCUGAAAACAGCAAUGAGCCAAUGCAACUCUGGUGUGAGAACAGCCUGGACCCCGGAGGAUGGGCAGUUAUUCAGAAGAGGACAGAUGGAUCUGUCAACUUUUUCAGGAACUGGGACAGUUACAAGAAAGGAUUUGGUAACAUUGAUGGAGAGUACUGGCUGGGACUAGAAAAUAUUUACUUGCUUACUAAUCAGGAUAAUUACAGACUAUUGAUUGAGUUAGAGGACUGGAGCAAUAAGAAAGUCUAUGCAGAAUACAGCAGUUUCCGUCUGGAGCCCGAAAGCGAAUUCUACAGGCUACGCUUAGGAACAUACCAAGGAAACGCAGGCGAUUCCAUGAUAUGGCAUAACGGAAAGCAAUUCACAACACUGGACAGAGACAGGGAUAUGUAUUCAGGAAACUGUGCUCAUUUUCACAAAGGUGGCUGGUGGUACAACGCAUGUGCCCACUCCAACCUCAACGGGGUGUGGUACAGAGGAGGCCACUACAGGAGCAAGUAUCAGGAUGGAAUAUUUUGGGCUGAGUACCGGGGAGGUUCCUACUCCUUGAAAGCAGUUCAAAUGAUGAUCAGACCUAUAGACUGAGGAGGAAAAUCCCACAGUGCUCAAGUGAUCACGUAUAAACUCAGUGCUUGAGUUCCAGAAAAAUAAAAUAUUACUUUUUAAUCAUUAUUUUGCACAAUCUAAAAGCAGGUCUACAGUUUUCCUGUCUUUUUUCUUUUUUUCCCCCCCUGUUGUGUUCCCCUCUCCUUUUUUUUUUUUUUUUUUUUAGAAACCUUUUCUACUGUGACAGUGUUUUUUUUAAACACACAUUCACAAAAGCAGAUGUUUGUGCUUGCAAAGCAUAUUUAUCUUUGUUCAAGUUCAACAUACUUUAUGUAAACAGUCAUUAAAGCUGGUAAAAAAUUCCAGAUAUAUGACAAGAUAUAAGCUUUUUCACUUAAAAAGCUUAUGCUUUUUCAGGUUAGCUCAACCCUUAAAUGUAAAUAUGUGAAGUGACAUUGUCUUGCUUUAAUGUGAAAAUGGAUUAGUUAUUUAACAAUUUAUUUAAAGAUGUUGGUAUUACUUUCAAUGAAAAUCUGAAUUCACAUUACUGUUUAAGAUUUACUUCAAGAAGCUACACAAAAAACUGAAGACAUUCUAGCUUUGCCUGAAAAGAGAGAUUAUUUUGCAACAAAUAAUUAUUUCAAAAUAAUAAGAAGUGAUGAAUUAAACAUAAAAUAUAGAAUUUCUUAGUGGUGUAGAGAAUUCCUUAAAAUCCGCAUAUCAUACCUUCUGUAGAACACUUAGGCAAAAUGUUCCUAACAUAAGAAAAAUAAUUGUAUGAAAUUAUUGAUAAACAUAAGACACCUCAAAUUUCUCAGUAUUUUUUUUUUAUACUUUCAGCCCCUGUAUUCAAACAUCCUAACUACGCAAAAAUAUUUCUUGAUACUUCGAACUUAAAUGGAAGAAUGAAAAGCUCCAUUAUUAAAAUCAUGACUUGAUACUUGGAGACCCCUCCGCUGCUCCAAUUUGGAGUUAUGAGGCCUAAACAAGUCUUCACACAUACUAAUUUAGAGAAGGACCGAGUCUCUGAAUAUUAGAAGUUUUCCUCCAACUCAGCUUUCUGCUGACAUAGUAAAACAGAGAUUAGAAAUCAGCUCUGAGUGUAUUCUUCCUGCCAUCCCAAACUUGGACUGCUCUUAUGACAUACACAUUUCACUUCCCCUACACAUAUACAACUUUUAUGCCAUUUAUAUUAAGUUUUUACUUUCUGGACAUCAGGUUUCCACUGGAAUUAAUAUGUAAUUUAAGAAAUUAAGUAGAAAGUACUUUCCCAACCUUUAACAAAAGCCAUACAACAUACUGCAUCAAAACAAGAUACUUCCAAAAUCAGAACAAAACAAAAUGUUCACUUUAGGUACCAGAGUCUCUGAAACUAAAGCUUUCUUACUAGUAUAUAAAAUUAGUUAAUAAUUUUACUUAGCCACAGAGCUUACCUAAUUUAAUAUUACACAAAAACAAAAAUCCACUGUUCUGAACUGUAACAAAUGUGUUUGGCACCUCAUAUGUGCCUUCAGGAUUUUAAGGAACUUUUCCCCUAUUUAAUAAGAAACACUAAUAGCUAAAAGAAUAAUCUAAUAUUAUUGUUAUGUUAAAUUAGUCUAUAUCAAUUGCUAUGGAAAACCUCAUUUGUAAUUCAGAGGACAGAAAACAGCAUUUUGCUUUCAAACCACAUCCUCUGGAGGAGAUAAAGCUUCAUUGAUAAUGUAUGACUGCAAGGGCUGUAGUUAAGUCUUUGGUCAGAGAUCAAAGCCAACAAGUUUCAACAAUAUUUAAUUGGGGUUGGUGGGGGUGAGCGGGGAAGUGGGGAAUCAGUCCCAGGAUAUUCCGUUCCCAAAUUCGAAGAAUUUGAACUGACAGAAAUGUUUAAGAUUGCAAUUCUGAAAUUCUUCUUUAUACAUUUGGAGUAUUUGUUACAAAUAUCGUACACAUCUCAUUGAGUGUUCUAUAAAAUACUUCUGAUUGCAAAUGUUUAAAAUUCAGACUAUGAUCUAUCUUUUUUUGUAUGGUAGCUGAAUAGAAGAGCAGUUCGGGUAAAUUUAAAAGCUGAAAAUGCCCUCCAAAACUAUCCUUUAAUGAACACUUCUGACAGCUUUAGUUCAUUCAACCGACAGAUUUUGUCUCCUUGGAACAGAUCUUAUUUUACCACAAGAAUCUCUUGCCUGCUACAAAAAACAGUGUUUGUUUACUCAGUGCAGUCAGCAAAAGCUUUACUUUGUGGAAACACCUAAGUAAAAUUACUUGCACUCAGCUUUUAUGUUAAACCUUACAUAUUAGACAUCUAAGAAGUGAGUCUUCCCCAACUUAAAGCUGCAGGAUGGCAUUAACUAAACACUAUUACAAAAUAUAUCAAGAAAGUCGGAUUGUACAAAUGCUGUGUGCUGAAAGGAAAGACUUAAGUUUUAGGCUGUUGAUUUAAGAUCAUGAGGAGGGAAAGCAUAUAGUGUCUUUUUCAUGUUGGUUCACACUCUGUACAAUAAUUUACUACUUUCAAAUGCUUGUAACUCUAUCAGUUCUUAGCUUUUGGGUUGAAUUUUCUAAGCAGGGUAAACAACUUAGAGUUCAAUGUUUUCUCUCACACUUUAAGAAAAGUUUUUCAAAAGAGGCUGUAGCAUCCCUCAAGCUUAUUGCACUGGACAUUCAGAAGCAGUUUGUCUGUGAAGGAUAUAGCUUUCACCGUUCCUGUACUAUCAGUCCAAAUUUAGCCAAGCAGACCUUGAAAAAGUUUAACCUGUACGAAAACCGAAACACGGUUUUCACAUAUAUUUCCAAAGUCUAUGGCAAGCAUUAUCAGUGAAGCAGCUGAAUAUUCAUCAGGUGAAUACUUCAAUAACCUCUUUUCAUCUUUUUUGUUUCUGGAUAUAAUUCCUGAAAGACAGCUAUAAGAAAGUAUUUCACAAGGUAGUACUGCUUAGUUAAAUAAAAAUUUAACUUUUCAAGAUAUGGCUCAAUUGUUUCAUUG